AUGCAUAGUUGUCCAUACUGUACUAGUUUUCUUGGUAGAAGCUUCAAAAAGUUAUUACAUCAUAUCAAAUUUAUUCACAGUCAUGAACCAAACUUUAGCAUCACAUGCAGACAAUGCGGCCAGUCAUUUCGAAAAUUCAAUUCGUUCAAAUCCCAUAUCCAGAGAGAAGAGAAGAAGAAUGCACUGUUAAAUUUUGCGAACGUAAGUGAGCAAGGCGAUGAAGACGUAGAAGAUGAAAACUCUGAUGAAGAAGAUGGAGAAGACAACGAUUCAAAUGAAGACACAAACUACGUCGACGAUAUGACAAGAUUCUUGGCACUGUUUAUUUUAAAAACCAAAGAAGAAAAUCAACUAAGCCAACAGACAAUCAAUGCUAUUCUUGACAAUACAGGAGACCUAGUGGACAGUAGCUUAGUGGAAAUGAAAAACAAAGUGGUGGCAUGCCUUCAAAGCAGUGGAAUAGAAAUUGCUGAUGUUGAGGGCCUAUCUGGAGUACUUGAUGAGCCAAGUAUCUACUCCCAAGCAAAACAACGUUUGCAGAAUGAAUACCAACAGAUGAAGUACUUUGUUGAGAAUUUUAACUUUGUGGUAAGUCCUUAGCUUAUGUCCAGGCUUUAAUAGAUGUGAUUAGAAGAUAUGGGACAAAUUAAUGUAUUUUAUCACUUGUGUUAACUUGCUUUAAAGUCAUCUUAAUUAGCCUUCUUAUAAACACAUGCAUUACCAAAAUAAUAUAAAUAUAUUGAUUAUUAUGCUGAUAUGAGUUUUAAUAUAUAUAGGAGCCACAGGAAGUCAUCCUCAAUCAAUAUGCUGAAUAUCGCUAUCUGCAAGGCAAGCAAAAACUCUGCCUGGUCAAGGAAACAUUUCAUUACAUCUCGAUACUGAAAACCCUACAAUCUUUGCUCAAUCAGGCAGAUGUUUUAUGUGAGGUAAGCAUCCUAUUUGAUGUAUGUAGAACAGGGAAUAUAACAGGAACUGCAGAGAUGGGUAGGGUUAGGUUUGCAUUUUCUGAUGUUAGCGCCCCCCCUUCCCCCCCCCCACACACACACACACACUUGUUAGGAUGCUGUGCAGUCCCUGUAUAGAGCAGCUUUCGUAUGACUGUGAAAAGUUCAGUGCCGUGAACGUGUCGUGUCGUAACGUAGGAUUUUAAUUGGCUGGAUUUUCUUUUUGCGCGAUGUGAUUGGCUAAGCAGUGCCGUGUCCGCGUAGUGACAGUGUCCGUGCAGUGUUUCGUGCCAUGUUUCUUGCAUUUGAUUGGACGAGGAGUGCGUGUCUUGCAGUGACCGUGAUGUUUUCUAGAUUUUUAAUUGGCUGACUCCUUCCCAUGACAUUGUUCAUGCCGUGAACGUUUCACAGUCAUACGAAAACUGCACUAAUAGUUAUAUUGAAACACUUCAGUGUAUGGGUUACAUGUUUUUAUGGAGGAACUUGGGUGUGGUGAUUUGGAAAACUCUUAGUUUUUGUGACAAUUUAGAUAUCAUUUUGAAGUUGACAAUAUUGAAUCAAUACCAUUAUUUUACAUGACAGUCCCUCUAAUAACAAAUUACUUGUGGCACAUUUCAAUAAUUUGGGUACUUUUGUAGGUUAUGAAUGGUCAUUCCUCAAAUGAUGGAAUUCUAAGAGACUAUUGUGAUAGUGAACAGUACAAAAUGCAUGCUCUUUUUGGACAACCUGGUAAUGCACUACUUCUUCAUUGUUACUAUGAUGAUUUUCAAGUAACAAACCCGCUUGGAUCAAAGACAAAAAAACAUAAAAUAGGUAUGCUUUUCAAUCAUGUAUUUACAGGCAUGUAAACUAUUACGUGUUUUGUUAGGUUGCUGUUAGCAUUAAUAAUUAUCAUGAACAUUAUUAUUUAUUGACUGACAAUCUCCUGUUUUUGUGUGUGUGUGUGUGUGUGCUUGUUGAUGGUGUGUUUGCAGAUGAUGAAAAAACAAACUACAACCAAACUAUCCACAAGAUAUUAAUUGCAUGUUUGUCAUGUUUAAACAAUAUCUGGCAGGGAAAUUUUGAGAAAUCUCUAAAAACUGAUCUUUUGGGGAUAUCCUAUUCACUUAUGAAUGUUUAUGAGGUUUGACAUGCAACAUCCACCAUCCUAAAUUUCAAUCCUGUUCAAUAUCAAAAUAUUGAAUGCGUACAUGCAAUGAGAGUAAGUUCCCUCAAAUGUGCAGUGUAAAAUAAGUGCAAAUGUAAGGUCUGGUUCAUACGACGUGCUUCUGUUGUGCUGCACAAUAGCACAUUUGUGUUGACCCAAACUAAAGAAGGUUCAGCCUUGAUUCAUACGUCAUACCUAGUAUGUUGAGCCAAAUACCUUAAACAUAAAUAGGUGGUAAAAACAGUCAGCAGAAUUAAAGCAGAAUUGAAAAAUAUCAAAGGAAAACAUUGUUUGAGGUAUGCAUUUGGUUUGGCACAACAUGUUAUGACUAUUGCCAUUGAAAUUGAUUUUUUUAUGAACAUCAGGAGCCUUUUACUUCAAUCUGGGAAAUCUUAGUCCAGAAUACCGUUCUGUUAUCAACUCAAUUCAGCUAAUUGCUUUGUGCCGAGUACCGCUCAUAAAAAAGUAUGGAAUGAAUAGGAUACUGCAGCCAUUCAUGCAAGACCUGCAUCAACUAGAGGCAGUAAGUAUAUUGUAGCAUACACUUAACUGUCACCUAAAUGUAAGUUCAACCAUAUAAAAAUAAUUAAGUGCACAUUGUCAUUAAUAUUAAUUUAUAAUUUAAUUAAAAAAUAUGUAUUUGUUUUCUUCCUAGGAUAGAGGUGUAACAUUUUGGAUAGAUGAACAAGAAAGAACAUUCAGUGGUUCCAUUGGACCUUAUUCAAGUGACAAUCUUGGGGCACAUUCUCUUGGUGGUUUUCAGGAGAGCUUUUCUGGUCUAAGGAUUUGUAGAAUUUGUAUGGCAACUAGAGAAGACACUAACACAAAGGUAGUAGUAGUAGUGUGCAUGCAUUUUUGGUCAUUAUUCAAUGUGUCAAGUGUAAAAGAUUAUUUACCGGCAUUCUAAAUUUUGUUACAAAUAAGUUUAGACUUUUGAUCAGACCCUGUGUCAAUAGUGUUAAUAUGAGUCUACACUUCAAAGUUCAUGGACUUGAGAUGAAUAUACUAUUAUACAACUCAUAUUGUGAAUGUCACAUUGAUAUUAGUUUACAGAAGCAGAUUUUCAAAUUAGAACAAGAGCAAUCCAUGACAGACAUUGCCGGCUUGUAGAAAAUGAUGCAAAUCUAGAAGCAACUUAUGGGGUAAAAACAAGAAGUGUUCUCAACCAGUCCCGUUACUUCCACAUUACUGAUGGACUUGUUCUUGAUGUCAUGCAUGACCAACUUGAGGGAGUGCUGCCCUAG